AUGUCCGCGUCCGCCGUGGCCGCAGGUGCCGCGGGCACACCUCCGGAGGUUGCCGCGUCUUCCAGCAUCGCUGGCCGACCUCUCGGGCUGCCCGGCGCGCCCGUUGGGGCGGCGGGCCUCCCGGCCGAGGCCGCUGCGGGUGCUGCGGGGGCCGCCGAAGCGGGCUCCAGCGCGCACCUGCCGCCUGGCAGGCAGCAGCAGCAGCAGCCCCUCUGGGGCCAGCUGAAGCUCGCGGGCGCGUCUGGGACGCUGGAGUUCGGCAGCGACAGUGAGGACGACGAGGACGGCCUGGAGAUCCGGGUGCGCCCGCAGCCUCCCUGCCUGGAGCCUCUGGAGCCGAUGCCGCAGCCUCCCGGCCUGGAGUUUUCUGGCCCAGAGCCCCUGCGCCCGCCGCUGUCAAUGUACCGGCCCGCGGGCGCAGCGCUGUUGGAGGGCAGCACAGCGCUCAGCCUGCUGCCGGCCGCGGCUGUUGCCCAUCGCCCUGCUGGCCCGCCGGAGAAGCUGGCCCCCUGGGCGUCGAAGGCGCCCGCCCUGAAGAAGGGGCAGGCCCCAGACCUCUCUAUGAGCGACAAGGACUUCUUGCAGCGACACCUUGCCGCGGCGCGGAAGCCAGCAGCUGCUCUGGUCGGGGCACACGGCAGCCCGCCAGCGAAGAAGCGGCGGCCCGAGGUGGACCCCCCGUCGGCUGCCAAGCGCCGCGCGGCCGAAUUUCAGCGCCCUGCGGCGGGCGAGCCGAAUGCUGAGCCGAUGGCGCAGCCGAGAGCGGAGCUGAAGUUGGAGCCCAAAGUAGAGCCCAAAGUGGAGCCGAAAGUGGAGCCGAAAGUGGAGCCGAAGUUGGAGCCGAAGGCGGAGCCAGGGACCGAGCUGGCGUCGCGGCCCGAGGCGAAGCAGGAGCUCGGGCUGGAGUCCGGCGCCCCCAGGGGGCGCGCGCCGAAGGCCUCGAAGGCUUUCCGCAUCGACGCGCGGCAGCUCAAGCCGAAGGCCUCGGGGGCUUACCUGGCGGGCGUCAGCCCCAGCGAGGCGAAGGCCAUAGCGGACAUGGAGGGGAUCUCGCCCCACAAGAACAUUUGGAGGCACAGGUUUUGGCUGCGCUUGCGGAAGAAGAAGGACGCGGUGGCACAGAAGUCGAGGCCGAUGUGCCGCAAGGACGACUCCAACGAGCAGGCCUACCUGAGGCGGCAGAGGCUGCUGGCGCGCAGCGCGCAGAAGGCGAGCACAGCGCUGCUUCCCAAGCAGCAGGUGGACGAGGAUGGCCAUGCCUUGGUGAAGUCUGAGCAGGGCGAGUCCCUGCCCGGCAGGGCGCUCCAGGACGAUGUCUGCGUAGCAGAGGGCCUGCGGAGCCCCCGUUGGCUUUGGGAGGCGCUCUAUCCCUAUCAGCAUGUGUGUGUUAGGCGCCUGUGGGAACUGCAGCAGCAGCGGGUCGGCUGCUUGGUCGCAGACGAGAUGGGCCUCGGGAAGACAGUUCAGAUUGCAGCCUACUUGGCUACGCUGCUCCACUCCGGAGUGCUGCAGCGGAUGAGAGUGCAGAACACGUCCCUCGGCGCAGCCAACGCUCCGACCGCCGGCGGCAUCCUGCUGCUCUGCCCAGCGACGCUGAUAAGUCAGUGGAAGAGCGAGCUGCACCUGUGGUGCCCACCGCUUCGUGUCUGCGUGAUGCACGAUGUGGAUCACCAGGAGCGUCUGCAGACCAUGGACGCCGCGUCCUCAUCGCAAGGCAUGCUGAUCACCUCCUACGAGACCAUGCGUCUUUGUCAUGAGGAGUUGCUGCAGAGGUCUUGGGUCAUGAUGAUCCUCGACGAGGGACAGCGGAUACGCAACCCGGAUGCGCAAGUGACCCUCGCAGUGAAGCGCUUCAGCACGCCUCACCGAAUCAUCCUCUCCGGCUCUCCCAUCCAGAACUCCCUCAAAGAGCUCUGGUCGCUAUUCGACUUUAUCUGCCCUGGGCGUCUAGGCACCCUUCCCGUCUUCCUCGAGGAGUUCGCGGAGCCAAUCGAGAAGGGGAAUCUCAACGGCGCCAACGAAGCGCGCGUAGCAGCCGCGUAUGAGGUCGCCACGCAGCUGCGAGAGAUAACGCAGCCGUGCAUCAUCCGGCGAACAAAGGCGGAGUGCCAGGACGUCCUGAAGCUGCCGAAGAAGCAGGAGCAGGUGCUUUUCUGCCAUCUUAGCCCAGAGCAGUACCAAGUCUACGUGGACUUCCUGCAGACGGACCAGGUGCAGCGCGCUAGGAGGGCGUCGCAGGACAGGAAGUACGCGGGCUUCGCCCUCUUCUCCAUCAGCAUCCUCCGGAAGUUGUGCAACCAUCCAGACUUGUUGUUGCGGGACGCCGAGAGUGACCUGCGGCCGGAUGACAUGUGGAAUUUCCGGCGUUCGGGCAAGAUGCAGGUGAUGGCGAAAAUCAUGAAAGUGUGGAAGCAGGAGAACCACCGGCCAUUGAUUUUCGUGCAGACCGUUCAGAUGAUCGAAGUGAUUCAGAAGUGGAUGCAAGAGGAAGGAUACACGCACCUCAGGAUCGACGGUAGCACACCUAUCAAAAGACGGACGCGCAUGAUCGAUGAGUUCAACACGAGCAAGACGCUCUUCGCAAUGAUCCUCACGACGCGCGUUGGGGGCGUGGGCCUCAACAUCAUAGGCGCUGACCGGGUGCUGAUCUUCGAUCCAGACUGGAACCCCAUGACGGACGUACAGGCACGAGAGCGGGCGUGGCGCAUCGGUCAGGAGAAGGAGGUCGCAGUGUACAGGCUGGUGUCCACGGGGACAAUCGAGGACAAGGUCUACCAGCGGCAGGUGUAUAAGCACUUCCUCGCGCAGAAGGUGCUGAUCGACGCGCGCCAGCGGCAGUUUUUCAAGUGGAACGAUCUCGCCGACUUGUUCGACAUGCCAACGCCGCCUCCAAACUUCGAUCCAGCAGAAAUGGCGAAGAUGAAGAACAUUUACAAAGGCUUGUUCGAAAAGCUGGAGAUCAAGAGGACGGUGGAGGACUCCAGUGAGACAGCGGAUCUCAUGAAAGCGAUCUCUGAUCUUCCCAUGCCCACGGAGAGCCGUGUCGGCAGCCAGGUGAGCCAGGAGAGCAACGCAAUCCUCCAGAGCUUAUACGACUCCAACGGUAUCAAGGCCAGCUUCAACCACGACAAGGUGGAGCAGCCCCUCCUCGACCGCAACAUCGUCCGCCAGGCUGCGGGCGCGGUGGCGCGGCGCGCGCUGGAGGCCGUCCGGCGGUCGGCGCGAGAGUGCGCCAACCACCACAUCAGCGACCCCACCUGGACGGACCGGUAG